AUGUCUCUGUCAAUCGAAGAGCUCGACGCCACAGUGCGCGCCUUCUACGAGGGUCGCGGCGACACACAAAAGCAAGCUCAGGCUACGCUGAACCAGUUCAAAGAGAACCCCGACGCAUGGCUCCUAGUCGACAAGAUCCUAUCCGAUGCGCAAUACCCGCAGACCAAGUAUCUCGGACUACAGGUUCUCGACAAUGUUAUCAUGACGAGGUGGAAGGUACUGCCUCGCGACCAGUGUCAAGGUAUCCGAAACUUCAUCGUGAACUUCAUCAUCCAGCUAUCCAACAACGACGAAAGCCGCCGCACCGAGCGUACCCUUCUAAACAAGCUCAACCUCGUCCUCGUCUCCGUCCUGAAGCAGGAGUGGCCCCACAACUGGCCAACUUUCAUCAACGAGAUUAUAUCAUCGUGCCAUAGCAGUUUGGGGAUAUGCGAGAACAACAUGGUCAUCCUGCGACUCCUGUCCGAGGAGGUCUUCGACUACUCAGAGGAGCAGAUGACUUCGGCCAAGCGAAAGGAACUCAAGCAAAGCAUGUGUGACGAGUUCACAGCCAUCUACCAGCUCUGCUCAGAGGUUCUGCGCACAGCCACCGAGGCUGCUCUCAUCAAGGCGACUCUCGAAACCUUGCUGCGCUUCCUGAACUGGAUCCCUCUGGGGUACAUCUUCGAGACACCACCGAGUGGCCAGAGCCUUAUUGAAACUUUGCGGAGUCGAUUCCUCGAAGUUCCUGACUUCCGAAACAUUACCCUCAAAUGCUUGACCGAGAUCGCUGGCCUGCACACCGAACCCGCAUACGACGACAAGCUCGUCCAGAUGUUCACCGAGACACUAACUGCCAUCUCCAAGAUCAUCCCCCUCUCACUGGACUUGAAGAGUACAUAUUCUUCUAGCAAUGGCCGGGACCAGGAGUUCGUCCUGAAUCUCGCGCUCUUCCUGACAAACUUCUUCACCAUGCAUCUGAACGUCAUCGAGAACCUUAUGAACAGGGACUUCCUUACGCAUGGCCACUUCUACCUUAUUCGCAUAAGCCAAAUCGACGAUCGUGAAGUCUUCAAAAUCUGCCUGGAAUACUGGACCAAGCUCGUCUCAGAGCUAUACGACGAGAUGCAGGCGCUCCCAAUAACCGACAUGAACCCUCUUCUGAACAUGGGUAUCCCUGGCAAUGGAGCUCGCGAGCUGGCCAACUAUCCUCUGCGAAAGAACAAGUACACCGAAAUUCUUUCAAACCUCCGAACAGUCAUGAUUGAGAAGAUGGUCAGGCCCGAGGAAGUUCUCAUCGUCGAGAACGACGAGGGCGAGAUCGUCCGUGAAUUCGUGAAGGAGAGUGACACAAUUCAACUGUACAAGUCUACUCGAGAAUGCCUCGUCUUCCUUACUCACUUGGAUGUUAAUGACACCGAGCAAAUCAUGUCGGAGAAGCUGGCUCGCCAGGUCGAUGGUUCAGAGUGGUCAUGGGCCAACUGCAAUACCCUCUGUUGGGCUAUCGGUUCCAUCUCUGGCGCCAUGAACGAGGAGACAGAGAAGCGCUUCCUGGUCACUGUAAUCAAGGACUUGCUUGGAUUGACCGAAAUGAAGCGAGGAAAGGACAACAAAGCUGUCGUGGCCAGUAACAUCAUGUAUAUUGUCGGUCAAUAUCCUCGAUUCCUUAAGGCACACUGGAAGUUCCUCAAGACUGUUGUCAACAAGCUAUUCGAGUUCAUGCACGAGACCCACGAGGGUGUGCAGGACAUGGCUUGCGAUACGUUCAUCAAGAUUGCAAACAAGUGCCGACGACACUUUGUUGCUCUUCAGCCUGGGGAAACCGAGCCAUUCAUUGACGAGAUCGUUCGUAACCUGAGGAAAAUUACUGCUGAUCUCUCGCCUCAACAAGUCCACACUUUUUACGAGGCCUGCGGUUACAUGAUCAGCGCGCAAGGACAGAAGAGCAUGCAGGAGCGUUUGAUUGCCGACUUGAUGGCUUUGCCAAACUCUGCCUGGGACAACAUUAUCGCUCAAGCUAAUCAAAACCCUGCGUGUCUCCAGGACUCAGAAGUCAUCAAGAUUGUCGGUAAUAUUAUGAAGACGAACGUCGCAGCAUGCGGCUCAAUUGGAUCCUACUUUUACCCACAGAUCGGCCGGAUAUAUUUCGACAUGUUGACAAUGUACCGCGCGAGCUCACAGCUUAUCGACGAAGCUGUCCAACGAGAGGGUAAUAUUGCGACAAAGAUGCCCAAGGUCCGCGGACUUCGUACAAUCAAGAAGGAGAUCCUAAAACUCAUCAACACUUACGUUGAGAAGGCCGAUGACCUGGAGAUGAUCCACAACAACAUUGUACCGAAGCUGCUCGAAGCUGUUUUGAUCGACUACAAGAACAAUGUUCCCGAUGCUCGUGAGGCAGAAGUGUUGAACGUCAUGACGACGAUUAUCAACAAGCUACAUAGCAUGAUGGAGGAUCAAAUCAUCAACAUCAUGGAUAGCGUUUUCGAAUGCACUCUGGACAUGAUCAACAAGGACUUCUCGGAAUACCCAGAACACCGUGUCGAGUUCUUCAAGCUUUUGCGCACCAUCAACCUUCGCUGCUUCCCCGCUCUGCUGCGCCUCGAUGCACGAUCGUUCAAGUUCGUCAUUGACUCAUGCAUGUGGGCAAGCAAGCACGACAACCGUGAGGUUGAGAGUGCCGGCCUUUCCAUGUGCUUCGAGCUGGUUUCCAACAUGGCCGAAACAGACCAGCAAACUUGCAACACCUUCUUCCAGACAUUCUUCACGACUAUCCUUCAGGACGUCUUCUUCGUGGUUACCGACAGCGAUCACAAGGCUGGUUUCAAGUCGCAGUCGAUGCUGCUGGCCAAGAUGUUCUGGCUCGUCGACUCAGACAAGCUGCAAGGUCCCAUCUACACGUCACCAGACAUGGCGCCAGCAGGCACACCGAACCGAGAGUUCCUGCGAAACUUUGUCGGCAACCUGUUAGCGACUGCCUUCCCCAACCUCCAGACUGCCCAAAUCGCAUCGUUCAUUGACGGACUUUUCGCGACUAACUCCGACCUCAACCGCUUCAAGGUCAUUCUGCGCGACUUCUUGAUUUCCUUGAAGGAGUUCUCUGGGGAUAACGCUGAGUUGUUCCUCGAGGAGCGUGAGCAGGCUGCGAAGACGGCGAAGGAUCAAGAGCGUGAGCGAGCCAUGAAGGUCGGUGGUCUGUUGAAGCCUUCGGAGAUGGAUGACGAUGAGUUGUGA